CGCCACAGCCAGUCGCAGCAGCAGCAGCAGCAGCAGCAGUUUACGUGGAGAUGGCAGCCAACAGGUUCGUGAUGAUCGCCCUCGUGGCCGCAGUGGGUGUGGCCCUGGUGGCAGCCAGGCCGCAGGAGGACAGGACCGAGAUCAGCAACGAGAUCCCUCUGGGUAUUGACGUGAGCAGUUCCCCAGCGCCGACCAGCGUCAGUACAAACUCCAGCAGUGUGUCGGACUUCACAACUGAAGCCCCUACAUCCACUACAGUUCCGACAACAAGGAGCUCAAUGUUCUCCAGGAUAAUCAAUGAUAUUUUCCAGAUCCCCAUCACCGUGCUGCGAGCGGUCAACAACCUGCUCAACAACUCCUUCGGCAGGUCAGCACGCUCCUCCUGAGCAGUUCGCCCACAACUCGACGUCCGUGGACGCCAUGCAACAACUCGCCAUUACCUGGCAAACGACCUCAAAAUGGCGUGAACGAUGCUUAAACACUCGUUAAAUGUAUGGAAGAAAAGUUUUAACUCAGUCAAUGUUUGUAUGGGCACCGCAGGCUGUUCAGCUUGCAACAGGGAACUCAUGCGACUUCACAAUCUCACAAGCUACUAUACCACUUUGAAACACCUGCUCUGAGAAUGUUUCGUGGAAAGAUUAUUAAACGGUAUUUUUGUGUAAAUAUUCUCAAUGUUAUGUAACAUUUCCCUGAUCCCUUGCACUGACUGUUGAUCAGUUUUAUUUUAUUUUCGAGGCAAAUUUAAUUUUAGAAAAAUACAUCAUUCAUGCCAUUUUGACUUACAUGUAACACUCAAAUAGUGGAAAAUUGUAUAUCAUAAGAGUAUGCAGUAAACACAAAUUUUUUUGCAUGUCAUCAUCCAUUAGUUUCAUUAUCAUUUAAUUUUUGCAUUCAUUUUUCGUCGUACCCUGUCAUUCAUUCUCAUUAAAGCUAUAGACUGAAAACUAAGUAAACACAAAGUCAUUCAACUCUUAUUGUUGAUGGAAGUGUGAAAUUUUAGUUGGUCCACCACGUUUUCAGCUUAGAUAACUAUAUAAACCAUUUAAAACAAUAGACUGUAAGAGAGGCAAAUGCCGUCGCUUAACUAACACAGACAAUUCGCUAUGCAACUAUAUAAAACCGUAUCAGAGGAGUAAAUCAGACCAUUGUCUCUUUUUUACAGGUGCAAUCUGCAGUAGGUAAUAUUUUCAAACUUGGUUUGUUAGCGACAAAAAUAAAAUGAAAUUAUUUAUGAAUACUGAAUUAUUUAUUAAAAUUUACGAUUAAAAAUAUUUUUUAUGAAAAUAAAAUAGGCUUUAGACAUGUAAGAAUUUUUCCAUUUUCACUGAUUGUAAUAAAUAAUAAAUAUUCAAAAUUUGAAAUUAU